UCCCAGUCAAUUGGUCUUUCGGGAGCUGCAUCGAGAUCAACGGAACUUGCAAGCAACAACACCACCGCCAUCAUCAGACAUCAUCAUGGCCAAGAGACGCUCAAAAAAGAGAACCCAUGCCGGCGCGACAAACCCUGUCACGCCGACAGCGAUCAAUGGAUAUGCCAACUCGAGAGAUCCGAAGAGCAUGGUUAUUCGCAUAGGCGCAGGCGAAGUUGGAACCAGCAUCAGCCAGUUGGCCACCGAUGUCCGACGUGUGAUGGAACCGGGGACAGCGACGCGUCUGAAGGAGCGGAAAGGCAACAGGUUACGGGAUUAUGUUACCAUGUGCGGGCCUCUCGGGGUCACUCAUCUCCUCCUUUUCUCAAGGUCCGAGUCCGGGAACACCAAUCUGCGCCUAGCCAUUGCGCCGCGCGGCCCUACAUUCCACUUCAGGGUCGAGAAGUAUUCCUUGACCAAGGAUGUGAAGAGGGCACAAAGGCACCCUAAGGGCGGCGGAAAAGAGUACAUCACGCCUCCAUUGUACCCCCGGCACCUCGAGUCUCUCACCACGACCGCCUUUCAGUCCCUCUUCCCCCCGAUCAACCCCCAAACAACACCCCUGAAGUCGAUUAGGAGAGUAUUGCUCCUGAACCGCGAACAGUCCGACGACGGAACGUUUAUCGUGAACUUCCGGCACUACGCCAUCACAACAAAAUCAGUUGGCCUCUCGAGGCCAUUAAGACGGCUGAACGCCGCUGAGAAGAUGCUGAAGUCCAAGAAGGGGAAGAAGGGCGGUCUCCCAAACCUCGGGAAGCUGAAGGAUAUCUCAGAGUUCAUGAUUGGUGGCGAAGACGGCGAGGGAUACAUGACGGAUGGCACCAGCGGAAGCGAAGCCGACACGGAUGCCGAGGUCGAGAUUUUGGAGACAGCUGCGAAGAGGGUUCAUAGCGGCAAGACCAGGGCUACCGAGCAGGACAGCGACGAUGACGAGGAGGGCGCUAACGACAACGUCGAGCGGCGCGCCGUGAAGCUGGUUGAGCUGGGGCCUCGGAUGCGGCUGCGCAUGACAAAGGUUGAGGAGGGUAUUUGCUCGGGCAAGGUCAUGUGGCACGAGUAUGUCCACAAGUCGAAGGAGGAGAUCAAGGAGCUGGAAAAGAGGUGGGAGCAGCGCAAGAGAGAGAAGGAGGCUCGCAAGAAGCAGCAGAAAGAGAACGUCGAGAAAAAGCGCAAGGAGAAAGCUGGAAACAAAAAGGCCGGCGGAGGCGGGGAUAAGGAUGAUGAUGAAAUGGAUGUGGAUGAGUACGACAGCGACCUGUACGGCGAAGACGAUUUUGACAGCGAGGGGCUAGAGGGCGAUGCUGAAGGGCAGGUCAAUGCCGAAAUGGAGGAGAAUGGCGAGUGGGAGGACGAGGAACAAGAGAUUGCUCAAGGGAGGAGCUCAAAAAGGAAAUCGCUCAAGAGGUAGUUGCAGCUAAUUUGUCGUCAUUUCCUCGCCAGCAUGGCUCUUAAACUCAGUGGUGUUCACGCGUCCCUUGCACGAAAUUCGAAAAGUACACGCAA